CGGUGUUAUCCUUUCCACCUUGACAGUCGUAGUCGAGGUCUGGACUUAGUAUCUCACUUAGCUUCUGUAGCAAGUUGCCGCUGAUCGCUGGUGCCAACGCCCGGCGAAAUAGACAGCUAACGUUAGCUAGUGGAGGGACUUUGCUAAGUGCAUUCCCUGCAGUAUCGAAAAAGCUAAGAGAUGCAGACUAUCAAAUGUGUGGUGGUGGGUGAUGGAGCCGUGGGAAAAACCUGCCUGUUGAUUUCCUACACCACUAACAAAUUCCCGUCUGAAUACGUACCUACAGUUUUUGACAACUAUGCUGUAACUGUAAUGAUUGGGGGUGAACCCUACACCCUUGGAUUAUUUGAUACAGCGGGUCAGGAGGAUUAUGACAGGUUACGGCCACUAAGCUACCCACAGACAGACGUCUUCUUAGUCUGUUUCUCAGUAGUUUCACCCUCCUCGUUUGAGAAUGUUAAAGAAAAGUGGGUUCCUGAAAUAACUCACCACUGUCCUAAGACCCCGUUCCUGUUGGUAGGCACUCAGAUCGACCUGCGCGAUGACCCCUCCACAGUGGAGAAGCUAGCCAAGAACAAACAGAAGCCAAUCACCCCUGAGACAGCAGAAAAGUUGGCUCGGGACCUUAAGGCUGUCAAAUACGUCGAGUGUUCAGCCCUCACGCAGCGGGGACUGAAGAACGUAUUUGACGAGGCUAUCCUAGCUGCUUUAGAGCCCCCUGAGACUCAGAGAAAGAGAAAGUGCUGUUUGUUCUGAUGUCUUUGUGCGUCUAGCUUUGCCUCUCGAUUGUCUGCUGCUUACUCAUUGUAAAGAGAUGUGUGUCACUAGAAUAACUACAACGCUCUUUUAAUCUUACAAGACUUUGUGCCCAUUAACUUUUUCCUCCUGUUCAUGCGUGCUUUCUUUUCAACUCGGCCUAAUCACAACUAUCCAUGCUGCCUGAUUUAACAAUGGUGCCAAUCUUUAGCUCUUCUUUUCUGUUGUUUGCAACCUGGGUGUAAGUCUGUGAAACUGGACAUGACUGCAUUUGUUUGUUAUUCAGCAUCGAUUUUACCUGCGCAGCAUUUAUGCUGCAAUCUUAGACAGUGAAAAACUUUAUUUAAUUUUUUUUUCUACUGCAGCAUCAGAAAUUUCCCAUGGGCUUUUGUCUUUACUCAGACAACUUGAUCACAAAGGAGUCUUGUAUAAUGUUAUUUGAAUAAACUUUUGAUUGCCCUGCUCCAUUUCUACCCAGCCUUCUUUUGCAAUUAGUUCCCUGAAGAUGAUAAUAUUUAAUUGGAGCACAGCCCUGUUUUGAAUAUUAAUAUUUUAUUUCCACAGAAAGGAUUAAAGAAUGUGUUUGAUGAGGCAAUACUGGCGGCCCUGGAGCCUCCUGAACCUAAGAAAAGGCGUAAAUGUGUUCUGCUCUAGGUUUCGUCGCAAGCCUUCUCCACACCACUCUCCAAAUCUAGGUUAACAGUACUGAAGAGGGUUUGUUGCACAAGCACAUUCCAACAUGAGUUAAGAUAUUGUGAAAUAUUUGCCUUCUGACUGACUUGGCCUGAGCUAAAGACGUACUUAAUGUGUUGAGCAUGGUGUUUAGAUAGAGUGACAGCUGAUGCUGUUUGGGGGCGAUUUGAUGCCAAUAGAUGGUCGUACGUGACGGGAACACUGAAUACUUCAGCUACGUCAACAAGCUGUUGGUGACAUCAUUAAAUGCUGUUUCACUUUGACAACAUUUUGUAGAAAUGCAAUCCCAAAAGAAAACACUAUAGGUAAUUUGAAUAGAGAAACUGUUUGGACGGCCCAGUAAGAGCUGAGAAUGUUGGGUUAGUGAACUGCUCCAAUUAUGUAUGAGUCUGUGCUAUAUCUAUUAUUUUAAUGCAAUUUCCUUAAAGUUUAUUUGUAUCACAUGUUCACCACUGUCGCACAACACUGCAUUUGGUAACAUGGCAUUGUCAGAAAAUUCUUAAAGACUGAUUCGCUUCUUAAUGUAAAAUGUGCCGUAGUUUACUUUUUUUAUAUAUACAUAAUUUUACGUUGAAAGUCAACAUAGCCUUGGAGCAAAUCUAAGAAACAUUUGACAUAAUGACAUUUCUAGGCCGUAUUUCUGGUUUGCCAAAAUCUAACGUCAUAAGUCGACGCCUGUCAGAGGAGAGAUGUGCAGAAGCCGAAUAACAAGUGAGAAAUGGAUGUUACAAAUGUCAAUUUAACAAACUAUAUGCAAGAAGUUGGAGCACAAUUUCCAAGACAUUUACCUUUUGUGACAAGUGAAUUAACAAGAAUAUGAUGUGUGUCUUGAAUACUUAAAGGUUUCGGUAGAUGAACUCGGGAGAAUUCCAGCCCGUAACCACAGGCUAAUGAAAUGUUUUAUAAACUGAACAUACUUGUUCUCAUAAAACUGAAAUCUUAUAGUUUGGAAACCCGUGAAGGUCUUAGAGUUACUGGACCGGCUCGAUUUACAUUGGUCUUUUAGUACAAACGCCUGAAUUGUGACGGGCUGGAAUUUGAUUUGUAAAUAUAGAAUAACUUAUUGACUGAAAACAAUGUGUGCAUUAAAAAUAGUGAUUUGAAGGAAACAAGGUGACACUGAAAUCAGUUUUCUUUGUUUUUUUAUUUAAUUGGACAUUAAAGUUGUAUCGAUCUUCUGAUAAAGCACCACAAUAAAACAGUAUUAUGAAUAAACUUAACUUCAAAUGCUA